CGAAAACUGAUGUACAGUUGAAAACUAUUUGAUAAGAAACUGAAAUAGUGUGAUAACAACAUGGCAGAUCAUUUUAAUGAGAGAUUGAAGGAAAUUUUGGUAGGAAAAGUGACAUCAGACACAGCAGUCAAAAUCUAUGAUGAAUGGGGACAGAACGGAUAUGAUCAGUCGGUUUCAGCACAAGCGUACAUUGGACCAGAAGUUACAGCAAAGACUAUAGCCUCUUUAUAUGACAAAUCUGAGAGGGACACGAUUCAAUUGUUGGAUAUAGGUGCUGGGACAGGGUUGGUUGGAGAACAGCUCGGUAAAUUUGGAUUCAGCAAAAUCGAUGCACUUGAACCAGCAGGUGGAAUGUUAGCAAGCGCAAGGAAUAAGAACCUUUACAGAAACUACCACAAUCACUAUCUUAAGAAAGAUACAUUGAUCGAUGCAAAUGGUUUAUAUGAUUGUGUUUGCACAUGUGGUUGUAUGGCUCCCGGCCACAUUCCGGUUGACUCGCUUCAUGAUUUUCUGCGUUUCACGAAAAAAGGUGGAAAUAUUGUUUUGACAAUGAAACAACUCUAUCAUGAUGUGCCAGGAUAUUCCGAAUCAAUGCGGUCUUUGAUAAAAGAUUUCGAAAACAGUGGAAAAUGGGAAAAGAAAUUGGAGUCACAAUUCCCAAAUUAUUUUGAAGAUGCAAUAGGUGUCACAUACGUCUUCAAACUUCUAUAAAUAAUAAAUAUACUGUCUUU